UUGACAUGCAUGGCCUAACAUAUCAAAUAAAAUUCAACCCCAGGGAUGCACAUAAGUUUGUUGUUGCAAGCUUGAUGAAUGCACAGGUUUGGAAUAUCCGUUCUUCCCGUCAUGAAUUCACAUUGUCUGGGCAUGGAUCCUUGGUGAAUUCUUUUGAUUACUUCACUCACGGCAAUCAGCUGUAUAUGAUAACUGGUUCAUGGGACAAAACAGCCAAGAUCUGGGACUGCCAGAGAAGGACUUGUGUUCAAACACUAUUAGGGCACAUGGAUUGUAUUACCUGUGUUUGUUCCCAUCCAGAUCUUCCAAUACUACUUACAGGUUCAAAUGAUGAGACAGUUCGUGUGUGGAAUUCUGGAAUUCUACUACCUUCAAGCUUGAGGGUGUACUGGACUUUGAGCACGGAAAAGUUGCAGCUAUAGUUUGCUUGAAGGGUUCAAAACGAGUUGUGAUCGGACACGAUGCUGGAUUAGUAAUUACUGAAAUUUGCCGUCAAAAGCCUGGUCCUAGCAACAAAUAAUUAAGAAGAUCCAAAGUUCCAAACUGUUAAUGUCGAGGCAAAUUGGAUAGAGACAGAGAUGCACUGCAUUAAACUCAUUCAGUAGACCAGUAAGAAAUUUUGAACUGCAUUUAACUCAUUCGUAACUUGUGGAGAGGGGACUUGGAUAACCAGGGUCUGAA